AUGGAUGCCCGAUUUACUCCGACCAGUCCCCGCUCGUCAGCGGUAUCACCAAGAUCGGGCUCCGCGAUAAGCAACCUACAUUCAGAAGUGCUGAGAACAAAGGUGCUCAAAAGUCGACUGUCGCAAUGGAAGCUUAAGACUAGUGGCGACUCUCCGUCGCCGACUAAGAAGACACCGCAGUCAGUGGCACCUAGUGUGGUAGGAUCACUGAAUGAAAAAGAUGAAAAAAACAAAAAGGCCAAAGCACCCAUUGUCAUCUGGCCUGAGUGGACAGAACAAGAUAUUGGUCAGGAAAAAUGGGAUACAUCACACAAACCAAAAGAAAAAGAAAAGGGCAAAAGUCCAAAUCUACAUCCUUAUGAGGAUCCUGAAGGAAGGGUAGAUUUACCAUCUUCAAUUAAGUCUUAUGUGGAUCACUGGAAGAAACCUGUUGAGUUUAUGUUGGAAAAGUCACCAGUUGUUGUUGAUCCAAAAAGUCUGGCAGAGGAGAUAGAUUUACUUUCAGUGAAUGAUCAUUUGACCAACAGUGAGCUGCUUCGAUGUAUCAUAGGUCAGGUGAUGUGCUUAUGGAAACUUCACUUUAAAGUAGACCCAAUAGAGACUGUCAAAGGUGCUAAAGAUACCAAGGAGAGCAACAAAGCUGAUAAAGAGAGGGACAAGGAGAAGGAUAAAGACAGAGGAGAGAAAGACAAAGAUGCUCUGUUAGAAGACAACACAUGGAAACCAUGGAAUCACAUUUGGCCAAAAGAGAAAACUAAAGGCAGUCCUCUUCCUGUUUAUAACCCUGGAGGGAAGUACUGUGUUAGAAUAUUCUGGAUGGGUACUUGGCGGAAAGUAACAGUUGAUGACUGGAUGCCCUUUGAUGAGGAUGGCAAACUUAUGUUACCUGCUUCACCUAAUGAGCAUGAAUUAUGGCCCAUGUUACUGUCAAAAGCUCUCAUUAAAGUGGCUUCAUUAGAUUAUGCUGGUGGUUAUAAUGCUUGUGAGUUUGGUGACUUCACUGUGGUUCAUGCCCUCACAGGGUGGAUGCCAGAGAUUAUUCCACUGAGGUGUGGUCAUACUGGUGAAAUCUGGAAACUGCUACUCCAAACAUUGCCUCGCUGGAAACUUGAGAACACUCCACCACCAGAGGAAAAGAAACAACAUGCCACAGAAUGCAGAAAAAAGGACGACAGAGACAAGGAAAGAAAAUCCACAAAGUCUGAGAAAAGUCAAGUCCCUGAGAAAGUUGAGAGAGAAAAAGAAAAGAAAGAGAAGGAGAAGGAGAAAGACAAAGCCACUCCAGCUGCAUAUCUUGUUGACGUACCAAAGGAGCCAGAGUUUGUGAUUUUUGCCAGUUAUUCCCAUCCACCCAAUAUGCCAAUGAGACAUUCUGUUCUUAAAGAAAUGGCUGAUGCAUCUGAGAAACUGCGACAAUCUGGUUUGUCACAUAACCACCCACACCCUGUCUUGUUGACGACAGUUAGGGACUGCCCCUUGGUUCCUCCUCCGCCUCCAGUUCAGAUCCCUCGAUGGAAGCUUAUUCGGCAGAAGAAGAAGAAGCAGCCCGUGGAGCCAGCGCUGACUCCACCAGAACCUCCCAAGGAUCCACAGUUCUUAGAAGUUGUAUCUCCCUUUCUUAAUCACAAAGUCAGCCCCAUACCUGUCAGCAGAGCAAAGACCCCUGUGAGGUGGUUAAAAUAUCGUCCUGAGAAGCCAAUGGGUGAGAUACUUGAAGAAGGCGAUAAAGACAAUGGAGAAAAGACAGAGGGUGGGGAGGGUGAGGAUGUCGCUGAGAAGACUUCAGGUGAAAAGAGAGAAGGGCUUAGUGAUGAUGGUGCCGCUGUUAAAGAGGACGAAAAGUCCAAGACUUCAACGCCAAGACUAGAAAACGAUGAACUCAAGCCAGAUCAAGAAAGCAAAGAGAGCCGUGAAAGCCUUCGAGACCGUCCAAGUACCAAGGAUUCUUCUAAAUCAAAAGAGAGAGAAAAAUCAGCAAAGAGUGACAAAGGAGAGAAAGAUAAGUUGCUUAAAAGUCCUGACAAGAGUGAUAAAAGUAGAAGUGGUAGCAAACUGAGUGUUGUGGACAAACCAGAGAGAACCAAGUCGGGUGGUCUGUCACCCAAGGCAAGUCGAAGAAUGUCAAGGAUGGAAAAACCCGGAGAUUUGAUCAAAAAAUGUUGCAAUGACCAGUCAUGUUAGUAAAAAGUCAGGCCUGAUACCAGCCUCGUCAGUCACAGCAACUACGCCUGCACCUGGGAAGGCCACAGGGCUCAGUCCGUCACCAUAUCACGGUUCGUUUGGUGGACUAAGUCAAAAUCAAGACCCACCCCCACCGUUCCUGUUUGUUGACAGUCUGAAACCCAUCGAAAUUGUGGUAAGCUUCACUGCUUUCUCUAGGUGGCUUGAUCCACCGCAGCCCGUUAUCAGAGAAAGAGAUAAGGAAAAGGAAAAGGAAAAGGAUUCUAAUAGCGUAGUAACAGAUCCAAGGGAAGCAGCUCAGGUUGAGGAGAAACCUGUACCACCCACCCCAGGCUUACUCGUUGCGGAACCGUACUCUUGGAAGAGCCUGGUGACGGGUCAGCCAAUUCUACGCAUUCGCACUUCAGGCACCAAGGCAGCCGUCCUUGUUCUACCGCCGGGGCGUCACGUGUUAAGAUUUCUUGUCCAAGCCCCUCACGGUUAUCACGUGGAAAUGGCUUCACAGACGCCAUUUGUUUAUGGCGACGAAGACACAGUAAUGACUUGUCUCACAAAGGAAAGUUGUCGUUUCCUGGAGCACGCCAUGAAUGUGUUUCAGUCAGUUAGCAGCCUUGUUGGAUCAUUCGCUGAUCCUCCUGCUGACAGGAAGUUUGACUUGGAUCUUGGACUUAAGGAUCAGACGAAAGACAUUCAAGAUAGGCAUUACAAGGUUUUUAUGAGGUGUCUUCUGAAGAGUGUCAGAUUCCAUCUCGCCGAUUGUUACGAUUUACCGAUGCACUUUGCCUGGAAAGCUUUUCAGUUCCAAGCCUCUCUCUGCUUGCAUCAGCGAGUCGGCCACAGGCCCUUGUCAGCAGCGGAGAUCACGAGGAUCGGUUCAAUGACAAAGAAGCGGGCCGUUAAGAGUGCUGGUGCAGUACCUCCCACUUGGGUAGAUCGCACAUCAAACAGUGAAGAAGAAGGCGCUGCUACUAAGAUCCAGGCCGCUUUCAGGGGUUAUUUCCUUCGAAAACUGGCACGAGCAUACGUAAAAGGUACCGACGAGCACCAGAAAGUAUGGGAGCUUCUGUCCAAAGCUUGGGGUGUUAUCGAACCUAACUUGGAGAGCUUUGCCAUUCAGAUCUUCAGGUUCAUGUUCAAACGGGAUUCAGAACUGUUCCCUUUGUUUCCUUUCUUCAAAGAUGAGUGGAGUCGCGUGGCGUACUCUGACUACAACGGGGGGUAUCCUGAGCAGCCUCCCCAGUCUUGGUUUGUGGUUUUUAGGGAAGUGUUCUUCGUUGAUGAACCAGUGCUCAUGGUCCCUAAACUGUACGUUACCUUACCGACAUGUUUGUUGCGGGUUGUAGACAAUGACUCGGGGGAAGAACUGACCAGGGUCUUUCAGAAAGUUGCACCCAAUAACCUAAAGAAGAAUAAGCGUGGUUACACGUUUGUGGCUGAAGCAAGAACGCCAAACGCUAUUCUCCCGGCGGGAAAGUUUCGUUUGCGCGUGAUCGGUUCUACAGAACCCUUACCCUACCCUGGACGAGAGGGAGUGAACAGUCACUUUGUCACCAAGGAGAUUAGAGAUUAUUAUAUUCCAAACAAAUACAACAUCAUUUUCAGGUACACAGUCAAGGUACAGGAGGAUCACAUGGCUAGCUUGCAGCUAGGGACGUCUAAACCAGACGUGUACAUCAAGCUACAGAUUUUGGAUCAUGAACAGGAGGUAUGUAGCACGACCGGAAAGAGUCAUGCAGUCAUCCCUGCUUUUACUUUUUACCGCGACCGUACAGGCGAUGAAGAUGAAAAACAAAAACGAGGUUCGCGCCCUCCUACCUCGUCCCACCCCCGCUCGGCCAAGAGACCUCCGUCAGGAAGCCGCAAAGCAGCAGCCUCUCCCAUGCAAGGGAAGGGUGGUAAGAAGAGCGGAAAGGAGUCCAGUAACUCCUCACGGCCUGGAUCAUCGCAGAAAGGCUCUCGUCCUCUCCUUUGCGACGACUCCGAAGACAAAGAAGACGAAGACACGGAAGAUACGGAGCCUGAAAUCAAGAUACACAAGUAUAUAAUUCAAGCCCAGGUCUUACGCGACAGUUGGCCUUUGUCCAAGAGUGCUUGGGAUUUUGUUGCCUUGAUCAAGAGCCUUGACAGACUAGACGUAGAAGUCCCUGCGGAAAGCGCCCCUCGCGGAGAUAAACUGUCUGCAAGUGUGUCCAAAGGCAAGAAAAACAAGGAAGGAAAAGAAAGUCGGUCAAGUAAGGGACAAGCUGGAUCAAGACCAUCAUCACAGCAACAAUUCGAUUCUAGCAAACCAAACUGGACACUCAGAAUCGUUUCUGAUGCGAGUGCUGAAGAGAUUGAGGUCAAGAAGGACACAGAAAGGCAAGAUGAAAUAAAGGCCAUGAAGCUAGCUUGGGAAGCCGCUGAACCGGGCAGAGCGGCGAAGGCCCAACAAAGCCGUCAAAAGUUUUUGAACGAACACAUGGUUAAGGUGGAAAAAGACGCAAUCGAGGAAGAAAACGGCGACGAGGAACAACAAGAAGAGAAAGAUGUUACUGCUUCUAGUGAAAUACUGACAGUGACGUCACCAGUGCAGUCUGAGUCAGAUCAAGGAGAAUUGACCUUAGUACCACCCCCUAAGGAACCGGAUCAUAUUCUCCAGCCGCUUUCUGAACCUAAGACCAUCAGGUCACGAGGCGGGGUUCCCGUGUUGUUAGACGAGGAAGAAAUAGAAAGAAGGCUGCUGGAAAGAAAAGAAACACUGCAAGCUUUUAAAACUCAGCGUAAAGAAGUUGAAAACAGGAGAGAACAGGAUAGACUGGACAGGAACACUGCUAAAGAGAGACAGUUACAGGAAGCUGAAGAACUACAGGCCGCUACUGACAAAUGGCGGGGCGAGGUGAACCAGAGACGGGAAGCGUACAGACAGAAAUUCCUAGAGGCAGAGAAACAAAAAGAGGAAGCACAGGCGGCUGAAGCUGCGAAAGAAAGAGAACGAUCUCCGUCACCGAGCAAGAGUCGAAAGAGUGCUUCUACUGCUAAAGGUGGAAGGAAAACUCCCGCCAAAGGAAAGAAAAAAUAAGCAUUGCUGCUUGGUAGGGGAAUUAAAUAUCUCUACGUCACAAUAUUUAUUUCCUGUUCCAAGACCGUUGAAAACGUUUUCAUCAAACCGCUCGUCUUAGCGCCUUUUGGAACGUGCUGUGUUGAAUUCCCAAAUUAUUACUUGUCCUAUUUCUUUUCUCCAAUUCGUGCGUUUCCAUUUUGAAAUGUUAUAUUUAUUGGAAUUGUAGAGUACAGUGUGAAAAAUAUUUUGGUACAUAAGCAAGUUUUGUGUACAGGUGCUUUCUCGUGUAAAUAAUAAAAAUAUUAAGAACUCGUAACGAAAUGAAAUAGCCAUUCUCUACUUUUUUUACCUUUAA